ACACUUCGCUCGGAGGAGUCGGUCCCGCCCGGGCAUCCCAACCCCUCGCAGCUUUCCCCGGGGUGACCUUGGGCUGAGCUCCCCGGGCUGAGCUGUUGAUUUACAAUGCAGAUUGAUCGCUCCUCACCCGCCUGCCCCUCCUGAACUUGGCUGGGAUAUAAGAGGUUGUGUGCUCUGCAGUGCCAGCAGCGGCCGUGGCAGAGAGCCCCGUGCCAUGUGAGAGGCAGAGAUAGAGGAGAGAGGGCCGAGGAGGAGCAAACUCCGCGGCUGCUGUUGCGUCUGGUGGCUGAGGAGCACAUCUGCAGGACAGAAUGUCAGUGCUGAGCCCUGUGCUGCAGCCCCCAGAGGUGCAGGAGUAUCUGUCCAAGGGGGAACGCUUCAUCAAGUGGGAUGAUGAAACAGCAAGUGCUUCUCCUGUCAUCCUUCGGGUGGAUCCAAAGGGCUUUUACUUGUACUGGACCUAUCAGAAUAAAGAAAUGGAGAUUCUGGAUAUCACCAGCAUCCGGGACACCCGUGUGGGGCGAUUUGCCAAAAUCCCCAAGUGCCAGAAGCUCCGAGAGGUUUUUAACUUGGAUUACCCCCACAGCACCUUCCUGCUUAAGACUCUGACUAUUGUAUCUGGCCCUGAUAUGGUUGACCUCACUUUCCAUAACUUUGUGUCCUACAAGGAGAAUGUUGGAAAGAGCUGGGCUGAGGACAUCAUGGCCAUCGUUCGCAACCCACUCACCUACAACGCCUCUCGCUACACCUUCCUGCAGAAGAUCCUGGUGAAGCUGAAGAUGCAGCUUAAUGCAGAAGGGAAGAUUCCUGUGAGGAAUAUUUUUCAGAUGUUUCCUGCAGACAGGAAGAGAGUGGAAGCAGCACUGAGUGCUUGUCAUCUUCCAAAGGGCAAGAAUGAUGCCAUCAACCCAGAGGACUUCCCUGAGACAGUUUAUAAAACCUUCCUCAUGAAUCUGUGUCCACGGCCUGAGAUUGAUGAGAUCUUUACCUCACACCACUUGAAAGCAAAGCCCUACAUGACCAAAGAGCACUUGGCAAAGUUCAUCAACAAGAAGCAGCGAGACUCUCGCCUCAAUGACAUCCUCUUCCCUCCAGCCAGACCUGAGCAGGUGCAGAGCCUGAUAGAGAAGUACGAGCCCAGUGGGAUCAACAUCCAGAGAGGGCAGCUGUCUCCAGAGGGCAUGGUCUGGUUCCUCUGUGGCCCUGAGAACAACGUGGUAGCACUGGACAAGCUGGUGCUGUACCAGGACAUGACGCAGCCGCUCUCACACUACUUCAUCAACUCUUCCCACAACACCUAUCUAACAGCUGGUCAGUUCUCUGGUGUCUCCUCUCCUGAGAUGUACCGCCAGACGCUGCUGGCUGGCUGCCGCUGCGUGGAGCUGGACUGCUGGAAGGGCAGACCCCCCGAGGAGGAGCCCAUCAUCACCCAUGGCUUCACCAUGACAACUGAGAUCCUCUUCAAGGAUGCCAUCGAGGCCAUUGCAGAAAGUGCUUUUAAAACCUCUCUCUACCCUGUCAUCCUCUCCUUUGAGAACCACGUGGACUCGCCCAAGCAGCAGGCGAAGAUGGCCGAGUACUGCAGGACCAUAUUUGGGGAUAUGCUGCUGACAGAGCCCCUGGAGAAACACCCACUGAAGCCAGGAGUCCCUCUGCCAAGUCCUAAGGAUCUCUUAGGGAAAAUCUUGAUCAAGAACAAAAAGAACCAGUCUAUAACUGGGAAGAGGCAGAACUCUUUGAAGAAAGGGAAGAAUGUGGAACCAGAAACCAUCGAGCAGCCAACUGCUAUGGAAGCUGAAGAUACUGUCUGGGCAGGUGAUGUGGCUGAGGAGGAACCAGAGGAAGAGGAUGAACAGCUCGGAAACCUGGAUGAAGAGGAAAUUAAGAAGAUGCAGUCAGAUGAGGGCACUGCUGGUCUGGAAGUGACAGCCUAUGAGGAGAUGUCCAGCCUGGUUAAUUACAUACAGCCAAUUAAAUUUGACUCCUUUGAAGUCUCAGCCCAGAAGAACCGGAGCUACGUCAUCUCCUCCUUCACUGAGCUGAAGGCUUAUGAUCUGCUCACCAAGUUCCCUGUGCAGUUUGUAGAAUACAACAAGAGGCAGAUGAGCCGGAUCUACCCCAAGGGCACCCGGAUGGACUCCUCCAACUACAUGCCCCAGAUGUUCUGGAAUGUUGGCUGUCAGAUGGUGGCACUCAACUUCCAGACCAUGGAUGUCCCCAUGCAGCAGAACAUGGCUCUGUUUGAGUUCAAUGGGCAGUGUGGGUACCUGCUCAAGCAUGAGUUCAUGAGGCGUCCAGACAAGCAGUUUGACCCCUUCUCUGUGGACAGGAUUGAUGUGGUGGUGGCAAGCACCCUGUCUGUCACGAUCCUCUCUGGUCAGUUCCUCUCGGAUCGCAGUGUGAAGACCUAUGUGGAGGUGGAGUUGUUUGGGUUGCCAAGGGACACAAAACGCAAAUACAGAACCAAACUGACCUCCACUGCCAACUCCAUUAACCCUGUGUGGAAAGAGGAGGCUUUUGUUUUUGAGAAGAUCAUGAUGCCUGAGUUGGCAUCUCUGAAAAUUGUGGCCUGGGAGGAAGGAGGGAAGUUCAUUGGGCAUCGUGUCAUUCCUGUUGUUGCAGUGCAUGCAGGCUACCACCACAUCUGCCUGCGCAGUGAGAGCAACAUGCCCCUCACCAUGCCCUCCCUCUUUGUCUACCUGGAAAUCAAGGAUUAUGUUCCUGAUGCCUGGGCAGAUCUGACCAUUGCCCUCUCCAACCCCAUUAAGUUCUUCAGUCUGCAGGACAAGAGAUCAGGGAAGCUGAAUGAUGGCUCAGAGGAGAGGCCUGGCACACAGAAAAACUUCCCCUCUGCUGAAACUAAUGGGAUACCAGACUCUGCUGGGAAAUCUGGCACUCCUCCUUCUAAUGGGCCUGCAGUUUCAGGAGCAGCAGCUUUUGCCAAGGAUGAAAGUGUGAUAGAAGUGAUGCAGAUUACAGACCCUCAGACUGCCAGCCUGGCAGAACUGCAGCAGAUGAAGCUCUUCCUGAAGCUGGUGAAGAAGCAGGAGAAGGAGCUGAGGGAGCUGGAGAGGAAAGGCAGCAAACGGAGGGAGGAGCUGCUGCAGAAAUACUCUGUGCUCUUCUCAGAGUCUCUCUGCUAUGGAGGCAAGAAAAGGAUGAUAAACACUAGGAAAACCCAGAAGAGGAGCCUGACAACAGGUGAUGGUGGUCCAUGUGCAAAUCCUGUAGAAAUGGCAGAAAGCACUGAUAGCCAAAUCUUGGAACUGAGAGAGAGACUGGAGAUGGACCUGCUCCACCUGGGGAAGGAACACCACGAGGGGAUCAGAAGGAAAAAAGAGCAGCAUGCCACAGAGCAAGUCAGCAAGAUCACAGAGCUGGCCAGAGAGAAGCAGACAGCUGAGCUGAAGGCACUGAAAGAGUCAUCAGAAAGCAAUAUUAAAGACAUCAAGAAGAAGCUGGAGGCCAAGAGAGUGGAGAGGAUCCAAACCAUGCUGAGGAACACCAGUGACAAAGCUGCUCAGGAGAGGUUGAAGAAGGAAAUUAAUAACUCUCACAUUCAGGAAGUGGUGCAAACAAUCAAACUGGUGACAGAAAGGACAGCCAGGUGUCAGCAGAAACUGGAAGAGAAGCAGGCAGACAAUCUGAGAACAAUCAAGGAGAAAGAAAGCCAGCUCCAGCAGGAGGCACAGGCAGAGUAUGAGGAGAAACUGAAAAGCCUGACUGUGGAGGUGCAGGAGCUGGUGAAGAGCUGCACCCAGACAGGCUGCCCUGGGGAGCCAGCCAGCAGGAAGGAGGCAGUGCAGAACAUUCCUGAGGGAGAACAAGGCUCUGCAGGGCAACUGGAGGAGAAGAUGCCAGUGGCAGAGGUGGCAAAGCUGGCAGUAGCCACACCUGAGUGCUCAGGAGCUGAACCAGGUGCUGAGAUUGAAGAAAGCAUUCUGUGAGAGCACUCACCUUGCUGUCCCACUUCAGGAAGGUUUAUGCAGGUGUACAGUGAAGAGCAGCUUGGCAAACUGCUUCCCAUUCCACCCUGGGGAAUUCCUGAAGUCCUUCAGGAAUUUAAUACUUUAUUAUCCUAGAUACUGGAAGUAGCCUGAAGAGAUUCCCCCCUUCAGAGAGUGCUUCCCUCCCUCUCUCUGCCUCUCCCAGCCUUGGCACUGAGCUGUUCCAGCAGCAUGGAGGGGCUGUGGCUGCAGGCAGGCAAGGUGCUGAGCUCUGCUGCAGUCUAAGCUCCCCAUGGCCCCACUCCCCAGCAACUUGUUCUUCAGGUUUCUGUCUUUUCUGGAAAAGUGAGCUCAGUCACAGCAAUGGUUGGUAGAUAAGAACAGUUACACCUAGAAACUGUGCUGAUAAAUGCACAGCCACAUUCUGAAGUGCUGCUAAAAAAAAAAACCACCAACAAACCCAACAACAACCAGCUCAAGUAGUUUUAAGAUUAAAGGGGUUCCAGGCCUGGUCUGCCAUCCCAGCAGACACCAUCCCUCCCCUGUGGUGUUCACAUCAUACUGGAAUUAUCUAUUGUACAUUUCUGACUUAUUUAUUUUCUAAAUAAGGUUAAAUAAAUAAAUAAAACGUUGCA